UACUGCCUUAGCUCUAAUUGAACGCGUGAUCAGGUACACAGCUGUGGUGUAUCGCGCGCAACUAUGGCGCGCCUUGAGUCUCAGGCGGCCCUCACGGCGGGCGUGGCAGUGCUAGCGCUGUUGAUGGCAGCGGUUUCUGUAGAUGCCCACGGAUACCGUAACAAAGCUCUCCAGAAGCCUAUCCCACUUGAGCGACGCUACCACAACCAUGUUCCCGUCCCGCUCAAGCGACGCCACGAGCUCCCAGCGGAUUUUAACUGGUGCGACGUGGACGGCAUCAACUACUGCACAUCCAACUGGAAUCAACAUAUUCCUUACUACUGUGGCGGUUGCUGGGUCCACGGCUCGCUCUCCAUGAUUCAGGACAGGCUCAAGAUCAAGAAGAAGGGCAAGAGCCCCGACGUGAUGCUGUCGCGCCAGACGCUGCUCAACUGCGCUGCCUUCGAGGGCUACGGCAGCGGCUGCGAUGGCGGUGACACGGUGGACGUGUUCGGCUACAUGACCGAAUUCGGCCUCCCCGACGAGGGCUGCAUGACCUACAACGCCACCGACCACACCAAGUUCCCCGGCCACAAGCACUGCCCGACGGAGGGGCAGUGCCUGAACUGCAUGCCGGUCAACGGGGUGGACACCUGCUGGCCCAUCGAGCGGCCCAUCAAGUACUACCUGAACGCAUGGGGCAACCUGGACAAGGGGGAGGAGGCCAUGAUGUCCGAGAUCGCCCAGCGCGGCCCCAUCACCUGCGGCAUCGCCUGCCCCGACGACUUUGUGUGGAAGUACAAGGGCGGCAUCUACCGGGACAACACCGGUGACACGGAGCUGGACCACGAUGUGGAGGUCGUUGGCUGGGGUGAGGAGAAGGGCGUCAAGUACUGGAUCGUGCGCAACAGCUGGGGUACCUACUGGGGUGAAAUGGGUUUCUUCCGGCUGGAGAGGGGCGUCAAUGCGCUGCAGAUUGAGAGCGGCGACUGCUGGUACGCCGAGCCCGAGUGGCAGACGGAG